CACCUCACUCCUCAGUCUUUCAAGCGCCGUCGCCGUUGCAACUUGGGAGCGAGACACGUAGUGGGGUAAAAGGAUCAAAUAUCAUCCACAUUAUAAUCAGCAGUACAAAACGAACAUGAGGGAAAUCGUCCAUCUCCAGGCCGGCCAGUGCGGUAACCAGAUAGGCUCAAAGUUCUGGGAAAUAAUCUCAGAUGAACAUGGUAUUGACCCAACUGGAAAUUACGUUGGAACCAACGACCUUCAACUGGAGCGUAUCAAUGUUUACUACAAUGAAGCAAGCAGUCACAAGUUUGUCCCACGUGCCAUACUCGUCGACUUGGAACCCGGUACUAUGGAUUCUAUCCGAAGUGGUCCUAUUGGUCAAAUUUUUAGACCUGACAACUUCGUCUUCGGACAAAGUGGAGCCGGAAACAAUUGGGCAAAGGGUCAUUAUACAGAAGGUGCAGAGUUGGUAGACGCUGUUUUGGAUGUAGUCAGAAAAGAAUCAGAGGGCUGUGACUGUCUUCAGGGAUUCCAGCUGACCCACUCUCUUGGAGGUGGAACCGGCUCUGGUAUGGGAACAUUACUCAUUUCCAAAAUCAGAGAAGAGUACCCGGACCGUAUUAUGAACUCCUUCAGUGUCGUACCAUCUCCAAAGGUAUCAGACACAGUAGUGGAACCCUACAAUGCCACUUUAUCAGUUCACCAGCUUGUAGAAAAUACAGACGAAACAUUCUGCAUCGACAAUGAAGCCUUGUAUGAUAUUUGUUUCCGUACUCUAAAGCUUACAUCCCCCACUUAUGGAGAUCUGAACCACCUUGUCUCUGUCACCAUGUCUGGUGUCACAACGUGUUUGAGGUUCCCAGGUCAACUGAAUGCUGACUUGCGCAAACUCGCAGUUAACAUGGUACCUUUCCCGCGUCUACACUUCUUUAUGCCUGGAUUUGCACCGCUCACAGCACGUGGUAGCCAACAGUAUCGAGCCUUGUCUGUGCCAGAGCUCACGCAACAAAUGUUCGAUGCAAAAAAUAUGAUGGCAGCGUGUGAUCCUCGUCAUGGACGGUAUUUGACAGUAGCUGCCAUAUUCAGAGGGCAGAUGUCUAUGAAAGAAGUUGACGAGCAAAUGCUUAAUAUUCAAAACAAGAAUUCGAGUUACUUUGUUGAAUGGAUUCCAAAUAAUGUUAAGGUUGCCGUAUGCGACAUCGCUCCUAAGGGACUGAAGAUGUCUUCUACUUUUAUUGGCAACUCCACCGCUAUUCAAGAAAUCUUCAAGCGUAUAAGCGAACAAUUCACCGCUAUGUUCAGGCGCAAAGCUUUCCUUCAUUGGUACACUGGUGAAGGUAUGGAUGAAAUGGAGUUCACAGAGGCAGAGAGCAACAUGAACGAUCUUGUCUCAGAAUAUCAGCAAUAUCAGGAAGCAACCGCAGACGACGAAGAGGCAUUCGAAGAUGAGGAAAUUCUUGACGAAGAAGCUGCCUAAUACAGGAGUUCUGAGAAACUUAACUAUUGUCACAUUAUUCUGUCUUGUAUGUAGGUUUAUCUUGUUUUUGUUACAAAUUUAAAAGAUCAAAUUUUUUUUCAUUCACUACAAUUUAUUGUAUAUAAUUUAUUUUACGACACGAAUAUCAGUAAAUAAAGUCCCAGUAUUGAUUUUUAA